UUGUUAGUUAUCAUUUGGAUUUUUGGAACACACACACACUUACACGCACACACGAAGAAAAUUAUACAAUAAGUAAAAUCCAGAUACAAAAUGAGCACCUUCACCAACAAUCCCCUUAAUAAGCCUCUCAUAGAAGACGUAAAAGAAGAGGAGGAUCAUUUGGAAAAGCCCGAAGAGACGAAUGUUAUACGCAUUGGCAUCAUCGCGGAUACUGAAGUAGCGUUAGGCUUAUUGCUUGUGGGCAUUGGCUAUCACCAUCAGAAGUUUCGCAAUUAUCUAAUGGUCGAAAAUGAUACGUCGCUUGCGGAGAUUGAAGAGUUCUUUCACAAGUUGUAUAAACGUCCCAAUAUUGGGAUUAUACUAUUGGAUUAUCCUACAGCCAAGCGCUUGAGUCCCGUUCUUGAAAAAUGCAAGAAACUGCUGCCUGUCGUUGUCAUUUUGCCCACAAAGGCAUCGAUUGUUGCCUACAUGGAGGAAAAAGAGCGAUUGCGGCGCCAACGCCAACGUGAAGCAUACAAUUGACAACAAUAAAUUCACGUAUCUGGGUAACAAAUAUGCUGAUCGAUAUGUUAUCGAUUUUCGAAAAACAACUAGGUGUUAGAUCUCAGGUAAUCAACGAUUACUAAUACGAUACAGAAUACGUUGUUAGUUAUUAGCAACUAAAUUGGGCUUCAAAGCAAGUGUGAAAAUUACUAUCGAUAUGUUAUCGAAGGCACAAAACACUCGACUCGUUUAAAGCAAGAAAUUGCAGCGUUAGAAACAAGACAACUUAAAUGUGCUGAUUAGUGCUUAACAACUAAUAUUAUGAUAAUCAGAGUCUGCAAAUUAUUAUCGAUAUGUUAUCGAUGGCUCAAAAAAUUAAUUAAUGAAAGCAAAACAUGCAAAUGCGUUGCAAAAUAUGGUGAUAGUGCUCAGAAAAUUAUUGUUCUUUUAAAUCGAAGUUUCAAGUUAGUAUCGAUAUGUUAUCGGUAGUGCAAAAAAGCACAGAGAACAGAAAACAGACCGUUUAAUUGUGCUUAGGCAAGUGCGGUUAGUGCUCAGCAACAAAUUUAAUAAGAUAUUUAUCACUAUGAUAAAUAUCGAUAUCCCUUACUAUCGAUAUGUUAUCGAACAUAAAUUCAUAAAAAGAAUCGAUAAUAUAAAACAGCACAUAUCUUAAGUAAAUUUUAACAAUGCAGGCAAAGAUAAAUUUAUCGAUAUGUUAUCGAUUGUAAAUAUUAUUAUAUACUAGUGGAAUUAAAGCUA